AAUGUUCUUUAUUGUUGACGGCUUUUACACAUUGUUAUGAUUUAAUUUCUGCAACCAUAGUAGUAUAUUUGUAUAGCAAACCAUCAUAGUAAACACACCAAUUCUUCAACUUGAAACAAUWUUGUUUAUUCCUGGUUUGCCAUAUUGAUUGAACAUGGGCUGCGGACAGUCGAAAAGCAAGGUUGCAGAUAAUUUGGACAACCACUUUGUGAAUGAAGAUUCGUUAACUAUCGACGAGAAAGCCAUAUUGAAGAAAACAUGGCCACAUAUCCAACAGCACACAACAACAGUGGGUUUGGAGGUUUUUUCAAGAUUUUUCAAAGAUCAUCCCGACUACCAGCAACUGUUUCCUGAGUUUCGUACAAUAAACACAAAUGAACUUUCCGAGUCCAAACCAUUACUUGGUCAUUCACGGCGGAUAAUGAAAGCUAUCGACACAGCUGUCGUAUCGAUCGACAACUUUGAGACUUACGAAGUUUAUCUACUAGACCUUGGAUGUCGUCAUCGAGAAAGACAGUUGAAAGAAAUACACUUGGAGCAUAUGCGUCUUGCCUUCGUUGAUACGUUACAGCACAGACUGGAGUCCACAUGGAACCAAGAGACAUCUUUGGCAUGGAACAAACUAUUUUAUUUGGUCUCUCAGACAAUGCUACGGGGUCUACACGGGCAGCAAAAACUGAUUGACAGCAAAAUCGACUUACUUGAGAGUUGAUACUUAACCCACUU